AUGGCGGCCGCAUCGCUCGUGCUCGCGCUCACGCUUCUCGCUUUCGCCGCAUGCGUAGAAGAGGACUGCAUAGACUGGGAGGGCAAGUCGAUUCCGCAUGGGUUGCUGUACGUGCCGGGGCCCGGAGUUUGUUCCCUCUGCGUGUGCUACCACUCCGAGCCGAUGUGGUGCAAGGCCAUUUACUGCGACCCGCCUUACUUCUGCAAGAACUUCCGCGUAGGCGAGCGGUGUUGCGAGUUUGAAUGCCUCGAUCCGCCUGGUGAGGACAUCCGCUACCGCGAGCGGCAGCGGUUGCGGGCGCUCAUACUGGCCGGCAACUCCUCAGCACAUCACAUACUGCCGUCGAAGGAACUCAAAUAUGGAAUGUCGAUACUGGCCGUGGCCGUGGCUAGGCUUGUCUGAGUUGCAACCAGCCAGUGGCGCGCAGUCACCGUUGUAUGGGCUGGAUGCUGGCUGGCAAGCCGUUUACGUCACUAGACAAAUUAAAAAAAAAAAGUACGCGCGAAUGUUUAUAAUCCCGUGAGACCAUGCUCUUAACGACGAACAGAAGCCAAUGGAAAAACGUGAUUUUCAACAGGGCAUGUCACGAUCUUUAGCAAUGAGGAAACUGAAGAAGAAGAAAACUUAAAUUUCGCGCAUUUUCUAGUGACAAACUGGUUUGACCGGUCUAUAAUUGCAUGUUAGGUCGACACGUCUGUAGAGCCUUAAUGGAAAAAAAUGAAACCAUAAACAGUUUUGGAAGUGUGAAGGUGUUGUAUAUGUGUAUAGUGUGUGGAAGUUUUUUAUUGGUGAUAUAGGGAAGUGAAAUGUUCAAGAACAGUGUUAAAGAUUGGUUAAUUUUCUUUUUAAAACAUGGGUUCAAGAUUUUAUGAG